AUGGCAUCCAAUGAAAACAAGGGCUUCCCUAACAGUUAUAUGUUCUUGAAGCCUGAAGAUGCUCGUUUCAGAGAUCUCCUUCAUGUCUUAUAUUCUCGUAACUUAGGAAAUCGAAAAUUUGUGGACAGCCAUGAGGGCUCUAUGGAGGAAAGCUUCCGCCAAAGAUGGCUUAUAUUUGUCUCUCUCAUGGUCCAGAAGAUCUUGCUCUUUGUAAAAACGCCACUAUCUUUCUUCGGCACUUGCGUUGAGAUGUUGGUCAAUAUGGUUGCACUCAACGGAGGAUUCUUCAUGAUGCUAAUUAAUCUUCUCACAGGUCAUCUUGUCAUCCCGGAUCGUGAAUCGCCAAAAUAUUUGUCUUGUAUUGGAAAUUUGGACCGGCGUGUAAAGUUGAAUAUCGUCAACCGUGAAGAUAGUAAGUACCAUGUUUCACUAGCUAUGAUGGCUUCAAAAGCAUCCUAUGAAAAUGCAGCUUACCUUAAAUAUACAAUCACACAUGAAUGGAAGAUGGAGUUUGUGGGAUUUUAUGACUGCUGGAACGAAUACCAAAGAAGGGCCAACACGGAAGUCUUGGUUUUUUUGGACAAAGAUACUUAUGUGGUGGCUUUCAGAGGAACGGAACCCUUUGAUGCAGACGAUUGGUGCACUGAUCUUGACAUCUCAUGGUAUGGAAUUCCUGGCGUUGGAAAAAUGCAUGGUGGCUUUAUGAAAGCCUUAGGGUUACAGAAGAAUGUAGGAUGGCCUAAGGAGAUUCAAAGAGAUGAAAGGCUUCCCCCAUUUGCCUACUAUGUUAUUAGGGACAUACUUAAAAAACGUUUGAGUGAAAAUGAUAAAGCAAAGUUUAUACUUACAGGCCAUAGUUUGGGUGGAGCACUCGCUAUCCUCUUUUCAACGAUAUUGUUCUUGCAUGAUGAGACGUUGUUAAUCGAGAGGUUACAAGGGAUCUACACGUUUGGGCAACCAAGAGUUGGAGAUGAAGAAUACGCAAGGUACAUGAAACAAAAAUUGAAGGAAAAUUCUAUAAUGUAUUGCAGGUUUGUUUAUUGCAAUGAUAUAGUUCCAAGGUUGCCCUAUGAUGAUAAGGACUUAUUGUUCAAGCACUUUGGGGUCUGCCUUUUCUUUAAUAGGCGCUACGAACUCAGGGUUCUUGAAGAAGAACCGAAUAAGAACUAUUUCUCGCCAUGGUGCGUGAUACCCAUGACGCUUAAUUCUAUUUUGGAACUAAUGAGGAGCUUUACCAUUGCGUACAUAAAUGGACCUCACUAUAGAGAAGGAUGGCUUCUCUUUGGUUUCAGGUUGGUUGGUUUAGUACUUCCUGGAUUACCUUCUCACGGUCCUCAGGAAUAUAUCAAUUCCACUCUUCUUGGAACAAUUGAAAGUCACUUUAAAGUCGAUUGA